CAUACCAGUCGACCUACCACUAGCCCUGCUCACUCAUCAGCUUAGGCAGAUGGACAUACAUGAAUGUAUGCCGAUGACGAACACGAAAGUGAGUAUUUUAGUUAGUCCCACCGCUUCUUUUCGUGCCGGAUUCCCAAAUCCGCGGAUCGGUGCUCUAGCUUUGUCCUCGCUGAGACCAUCGCGCGUGGGUCGGGUAAUGCCGUCGUGUAUAAACAUCAGUCAUUGCUGGGAAACUCAGUCCGCAGCGACUGAGUCGGCGUCAAAGACUCAGGAUCACGCCAGUAUUGAUGGACGGAUAAUUGAGACUAAGCGCAUGGCCCCCUGGACGCAACUCGGAUGUAAUUACGAGUCGACUAGUAGGCAUUGGUCGAUGUCACAGUUGCCAGGGCCAGAGCCAUGAUUACACCAUUCCUACUACUCGGCUCAUAACGUGAACGCACACUUCAGGCAUUUACCCAACCCGAGGAGCAGAGUUGCGAAGUUGUGUUCUUGCAGGAACAUUCACCCGGAAAUCUCCCUGCAUCCAAAAGCAAAGGUUGGCGAAUGGUGUAGUUUGGGCUCCUUCUUCCGUUGGUCUGUCACUGUCAGAAGAGGAAGCUAGAGAUUGUACAAGAUGGUGAUAGUUCGAGAGCGGAUGAGAUAGUUUGUGGUCCGAAAGCCCUCCCUUCGGCACACAGCGAAACGGUGGAGGCCGGACUACGCUAGCACUAAGUCAGCCAGCCCCCUGACUGGCCUGAUCACACGCGCGUUAUGCAGGCGUCUCUAGCAUGCAGCAACAUGCUCGCAGCUCUAUGAACACAUGUGCAGCAGUCUUGGUCCUCUCAAAACUACUAUACUGUCUAAGGGUUUGUGGCAAGGUACUGAUCAUGCUGCUACUGGUAGCAACGAGCAAUGGCGACGACGCACAUGCAGCCAGGUCAAUACAAGCUGUCACUGCAGCAUCAGUUGGAACUAAGGAGCAGAGCAGCUCCAGCAGCAAUGCACCAGAAGCACCGCAGCUCCACAACCUACGCGUGUACCAUAACCAGUUACACGGCUUCAACGUCACGUGGGAAUACGGCAACAGCAGCAGCGGCGGUGGCACUGUCUCAUCCGCAUCCGCCGCCGUGCCCCCGGUCACGUUCACAGUGCAGUUCUACCAGCUGGUAGUGGCGCCAUGCUGCGGUCCGUACCUAAUACAGAACUGUGUGCAUAUUCAGCGCUACUGGUGUCAGGCAAGCAACAUGACCAGCGGAGAUCAGGGAUACCACAUACAGGUCAUCAGCCAGCAGGGGGCGCAUCGGAGCAGCGUCGCCUCGCCUGGCUUCUUUCUCAACGGUGUCAAUGCUCCAGAAGGUUGCCAAAUACAAAGAUCUGUCCAUCCACAGCCCGGGUGCGGCGUCCGGGUGAACUUCAUGCUUGGUCCCGACUACAUGGCUAUGGUCAGGAGAGAUCAGGUCUCUGUGCGCAUCUAUUUGUACAGCUCUAAUACCGGCAACGAGAGUACACUGAAGAGCCUGCUGAAGCCUGCACUGAAUCUCAACUACAACCUAGACAUGGCAAACACCAUAUGCAAUACCACAUACCAUGUGAUAUGGGAAGUCGUCACAACAGCUGAUGGCGUUGAGCGAACAACCGGCCGGUGCCAUUUUGGCAGCGUUACCACCACAUUGUCAAGAGCACCAACACAGCCUCGCCUCACCUUGACCAGUGUUACAGCAUGGUCAAUUGAUCUCCAGUGGACACCUGCCCUUCCUCUGCUCCAGGAGGAUGAGAACACCGGCUAUGUGGUGUGCUGCCGGGAGGUUUCAAGCCCUACCCGCCAGCAACAGGAGAGCCUGGCAGGGCUGCAUGGUUGCAUUACGUGCCGCAGUGAGUGCAUCUGGUUGCCGGGUGCAGACCGCAACACGGCAACUCUAGCUGCACUGUCGGCCAGUACGCUGUACAGUGUGAAUGUCACCGCGUUCUAUGCUCAUAGCAUGGGCACGCCGAGCAAUACGCUGGUGGUGGUCACGCACGAUCUUGCAUUGCCGGCCUGGGGAAAUGGAAGUGUUACGUGCACUCAGGAUGGCCAUGCCGGUCACAUCAACAUCUCAUGGACAGAACCGAUAUGGAAUACACAGCCAGCACAUCGACUGCACAUCAUUGUUCUGGUGUCUCACAACACAUCAGGGUUGGCAGAAAUGGCAAUGGUCGCAGAAGGAGAUGCGUUAGAACUGGUACUACCCUCGGAAAGCAGAACUGCGGAGCUAAGUAUGGCUGCGUCCGAAGACCAACGUCGGUAUUACGUCCGGGUGACGCUUGUAACCGAUGCAGGCAAUGUAUCAAUCAUGGGAAGCUGUGCCCUGGAAAGAGCAUUACCAGUAACUUCAGCAACAGCACAGCCACCGCCAAAGGCACUCUCCCCGAGCACAUCCAAGCAGUUAACAGAGGCACGGCCAACAACACGCCUGGUAGCAAGACGAAGUGACUCGACUUCAGUGCCAGCCGCACUCACAGUCAGCACUGCAGCAAGCAUGGCCGGCACACCUGAUGUCAGCAGCUCUGCAAAUUCAAGUGGCACUACCGUUGACGACAGUGGACGAGGUGGUCUUUCACCAGGCGCCAUCGCGCUACUUGCAGCGGCCAGUGCAUUGUGCAUAGCGGCGGCAGUUGCAUGGUUCCUUUGCUACAAGAACAGAAGAGGUCAAAGAUCGGGGCUACUCGGAAGCAACCGGACUCCAAUGAUAAUGCUGGAUGAUGAAGAGCCUCUGAUUGCCAUGCAGCCUGAUCAUGCGGAGCCCUCUGCAGUGAUCACAGAGAACGAGUACACAUUGGACCCAACUGCACGCGUCUCCUCAUCAUGACCCACUCCUAGCUGUGUGCGGCCGAUAGUCUGAUGAUAUCUCGACGGCGGCAUCAGCUUGGUAGGUCAGCAGCGGCACUACACCGCCGCGUACCGGUAACACACACAGUGUUGACGGCGUGCGUGCCGCUCGACUCACCUAAUCCCAUCUACUGCCAUGAUCGACCUGUCCGGCAAACUGGUGAGUUAUCGGACGAGGAGAACAACAACAACACAACCCUCCCGGGCUGUACUGCCAAGCCCUCUUUCAACCCAUCAAUGUGCAAUCGUUGAUAUGUGCCUACUGAGUACCUAGCAUACACAGUCCAGCACAGUACAGCACAGUACAACACAGUACAACAAACAUUCAAGUACGUGAUCUACUUGUACUGUAUUAACCCACGCAUGCAGUGUUAUAUCUUCACUCCCCCAUGUGCUAUGCGUGCUUUUCAACAGCUCUCCGUUAUCUGACUUGCUUGCUAGUAACGUUUUGAUUUGUAUUACACACACAACAGAGACGAAAGGCUGUUAAAGUUGCAAGGCGCAUUUCAGCGAUCAUCAGACAGCAGCAUUUGCCAUAUAAUUAUUGUAUUAGAUGGCUUUUCCGCUCUAUCAACGACUUGUUCUGUGCGACUCCAUGGUAGUUGGAGACUGACAGCCAUAGGCUAUAUAGGGCUAAUGGCCGAAUGUCAACCUAGACUGCCCAUUACUUUCCCAAGUUCUUCACUGCUCUGAAGAUUCAGCGCAGUUUCGGUCCAAGACCAUUCUCCUCUUUUCUAAGUUUCCGAGUUUUCUUGAAAAAGGUUGAGUUGAGUUAUACUGAAUUUUACUUUUAAAAGGCAAGUAUUCAUUGUGCUAUAAUUGAGAUUCAGUUCAUCAGCUCUAUUCAAGUAACUAGUUAUCAUGUUAGGUUGGCAAGUUCUGACCGUGUAUGAUGAUGGCGUCAUAGUGUUGAACUUGUAAUCCAGUAAUGCAC